AUCCCCUUCCCACCCACCCUAUGCAAUUAUCUUCUCCACCUUCAAUUCCACACCUCAAAACCCAACUUACCCGCCUCCCCAUGGCUUCCAUUUCCAAAGAAGAUAAGCAAGAAUGUUGCUGUAAUUGGAGCUGGUGUUAGUGGGCUAUCUGCAGCAUAUAAGUUGAAAUUGCAAGGGUUGAACGUCACAGUCUUUGAAGCUGAUGGGAGAGUUGGAGGGAAGUUAAGAAGCAUUUCACGAGAUGGUUUGAUAUGGGAUGAAGGAGCAAACACUAUGACUGAAAGCGAGGCACCUGUUGGGUUUUUGCUCGACAAUCUUGGACUUAGGGAUAAGCAACAAUUUCCUCUUUCGCAACAGAAGCGUUAUAUAGCUAAAGACGGAGUGCCAGUAUUGCUACCAUCAAAUCCUGUUGCGCUUAUCAGAAGCAAUUUUCUCUCGGCAGGGUCAAAGCUUCAAUUAUUUUUGGAGCCAUUUUUGUGGAAAAGUAUUAAUGCAUCCAAGAGGCCUGACGAAAAGGAAAGUGUUGGUGCUUUCUUCCGACGACAUUUUGGGAAAGAGGUUGUUGACUAUCUUAUUGAUCCUUUUGUUGCUGGAACUAGUGGUGGAGAUCCCGAGUCUCUAUCAAUGCAACAUGUAUUUCCAGAGAUAUGGAAUCUUGAGAAAAGGUAUGGUUCAAUCAUAUCUGGUGCUAUUCAGUCUAAGUUAUCUGCCAAAAAGGACACAUCUGGUGGAAUAGACUCAUCAGCACAGAAGAAGCAAAAGCAUGGUUCAUUUUCGUUUCUAGGUGGGAUGCAGACACUCACCAAUGCAUUGUGCAAUGAACUCGGCAAAGAUGAACUUAAACUUCAAUCUAAGGUGCUGGAAAUAGCUUGUAGUUGCAGUGAGAAGUCACCUCAAGAUAGCUGGUCAAUUUCUUAUGAAUUGAACGAUAAAAGGCUUUCCAGUGAGAAGUCCUUUGACGCAUUAAUAGUCACAGCCCCUGUUUCUGCUGUUAAACAACUGAAGAUUACCAAAGGAGGAAACCCGUUCCUCCUAGAUUUCAUUCCUGAGGUUAGCUAUUUACCAAUGUCUGUCAUAAUCACAACAUUUAAGAGGGAAAAUGUAAAGCGACCACUUGAAGGCUUUGGUGUUCUCAUACCCUCAAAAGAGCAACAAAAUGGCUUGAGAACACUCGGCACUCUCUUUUCCUCAAUGAUGUUCCCAGAUCGGGCACCAUCUGAUGUUUAUCUCUACACUACAUUCGUUGGUGGAAGUAGAAAUCGGGAGCUAGCCAGAGCUUCAAGUGAUGAACUGAAGCAGAUAGUGACUUCUGAUCUUAGACAGCUAUUAGGUGCAGAGGGGGAACCUGCCUUUCUGAAUCACUAUUAUUGGAGCAAAGCAUUUCCUUCGUAUGGGCUUAAUUAUGGUUCAGUCAUACAAGCUAUUGACAAGAUGGAAAAGGAACUCCCUGGACUUUUUUAUGCCGGAAACCACAAGGGAGGAUUAUCAGUAGGCAAAGCAAUCUCAAGCGGCUGUCAAGCAGCUGAUCUUGUUAUAUCAUAUCUCGACUCUAGCUCUGAUGCUAAAGAGAAAUCGCAAUGAAGAGAGCAUCUGUACUGGAAUGAUGUUCAACCCAGUGAACAAUGACUUGAUCUUGAUAUAGCACGUUGCUCGUCAGAGGGCUAGGUUGGCCACGAGCUGCAGUCGGGCGGAGCCCUGCCAAAAGGGUUUACUUGUAUCGUCUACCCAAACUGUUCUACUUUGUGAUUAAAACAUUAGUACUUUCUUGUACACUUGCUAAUUCUUGAUCUGUUCAAGAAUUGUGGAAUGUAUCUAUUGUUGUGUUAGUAGACGACAAUGAUGUUUAGUGUGGUGCUUUGGUUUGUUCUUUUCAGUUUUCUGAAAAGUGGUCACAACAUUCACUCGCAACUGACUGUUAAUAUUUGUUAGAGCA